UAUGGACGUUUUUUCGUUUAACUUAUACAAAUUAAAUACGUUAUUAGCAUUCAGGAAGUGUCGCUGUUAUCAUAUUUGCUAUAAUGGCUAUCGGAGCUAAUAAAUGCUUGUUAACAUUGAUAUAUGGAGGAUUUUCAACUCUUGUAUAUUUCAAUUUGUCGUUGAAGUAUUCCAUACCAACAUUACUUUUUGUGCUAUUUGUUCUUAUUGUGAUUCUUUAUGCAAAUGGUGAUAUUGCAUUUAAAGAGUUGUUAGUUCCUCUGUGUUUGCCAUUACUAAUUUUAAUAUGUGUUUCUGCAGUCGUGUUUUCUUCUAUAUGGAUUUAUUGCACUUGGAAUGAAUGCUGUACAUCUACAUGGAUAACGAGCAACUUGACAGGCUUGGCGUUUGCCCUCAACCAAAAUCUGUAUGGGCAACAUCUUGUCAUUGGACCAACAGUCAAACACUUGAGAGGGCAUGUAGAAACACACCCAAAAAGGCCUCUUGUGCUCUCGUUUCACGGAGUGCCGGGCACUGGAAAGAAUUUCGUUAGCUCCAUGAUCGCCGAGCAUAUGUACGCAAAAGGAAUGUCAAGUCAGUAUGUACAUUACUUCUCAGCAACGAAGGACUUUAUUCAUGAGGACAGGCUGGAAGAAUAUCAGCUCACCAUAAAGCAGCAUAUCGUAGCAGCCGUACAGGCAUGUCCUCAAUCUCUCUUCAUUUUCGAUGAAAUGGACAAGAUGCCAAGUGGAAUCAUGGAUGUUGUGAAACCGUACCUUGAGUAUAACCAACCUGUCGAUGGAACCGAUUACAGGCAUUCAGUGUUUCUAUUUUUAAGGUAA